UACGGUGACUCAGUCGUUACCAGCGCGACUUGUUUUGGAUCGCUUUUCUCCAUUCCUCAAACCAAAACAAAACAUCAUUCCAAGCACCAUUUUCAGAAAAAAGGGGACCCCAGAAAAAGGGAACGUGCACUGCAGUGGACGCGCGCAUCACUCCCUCCACAAAACGCUCUGCCGAUCCGCCCUAGCAGAGCUGUCGCAUCCACUGCGCUCCGCCCAUUGAAUAGGUCAACAAAAGAAGACGACGGACCAGGAACACUCUCCCCCCUUCGAGAUAGUUCCCGUCCACUUGCUUCUUUCAUGACCGCAUUUGAGUCCCUCAUUUCUAGCAGUGGCACCUUGUUUGGACAACUGCGCGCCAUGAUAGAGGUAGCCAUGUCAGCCUCACGGGACAUAUCCGGCCCAUCGCCGGGCCCUACACAACAACCCCCGGCCUCAGCCUCCGAAGUUCACAGCCCCGCCUUCAGCAGCCAAAGUACCGAUGCAUCGACGUCAUCGCCGCCGCGCCGGAAACGGACCACCCCAAGGAAACGAAAGGUUCCCCGGGUAUACCGCCCCGAUGAAGGCUCUAUAUACGACAUAAUGCACGACAAUUCUGGCAAAUCACUCUACGUUCUUCCCAUUUGCUGGACAGAUCUCCAUGCCACGCUCCUUGGCGCAUCGUUCACCGAGGGUGCCCCUAUUGUCACGCCGGUACCGGAAUCUAUUCAUGGGCAAUGGCUCGAUCCUUCGCUCCUUGCGCGCCAGCUCACCGACCAACUUCACACCCUGAUCAGGAACGAACCGUCCAUGACACGAGUAUUUUGCAAGAACAUGGCCAUGAAGAACGCAAUGGGCAUCUUUUUCCCGGAUAGGCUAGCAAACCCCAAGAUGAACGCCGAGCUUGACAUUUACUUUGGCCAGCGCGUCUUCCGGAAGGCGGUGCGCAUUCCGUGCCUGUGGAAGACACCCAUCGGCAGUUCAUUCGCAACAAUACCCACGGUCCCGAACGACUCCUUUUACGUACCCAACAGCCCGCAGGAGCCGCAGCCUGAAAUACCCCAGCAGACACCCAACAUGCCGAUUCUAGCCUACUUCAACAAGUCGCAACUUGCUUUGAUACGACAAAACCUGUUCAGGAUUAUUCAAACGCCCUUCAACCCCAAUGACGCUGUCGCCGGUCUACAAGCAUUGCGCUCGAAACAUUUGAUACCCGCCGACGUCGAUCAGGAUCCGUAUCUUGUCGCGAUGAUGGUCUCCAUGGCGCAAUCGAAUUACUACCAGGAUGCUUUGUACUCGCAAAAAUCCGACUCCCAACAGUCCACGCGCUCCAGCAACGGCAAACUCUUCGAGCUUACAGAACCAAAGUUCGAGGAUACCAAGGUUGCAAUCAUUGCCCACGACGAGGGCAUCGAGAACAACCCCCGGUUUCUUGUCUACACGGCGACGGUGACGGCAGAUUACAUGGAGCGGUGGCUGUACCCGCUCAAGGUACCCCAGUCGUCCAAGAAAGCGAAGAAGCGGAUCAGUCUUGACAUAACCAUGACGCCCGUCCCCUUCUGGCCCAUUCUCGGUUUGAAAGAGCGCCUAGCUAGGGCGCUGGGUAAGGACAUUGUCGGUCCGGACGUGUAUUCCGACCUCUAUCCCGAUCACAUCGGCUUCUGGGACCUUCUCGUGGAGCCACGCAAAGACGCCACCAACAACAGCACACCACCGAGGAACGAAUCCAACUCGAGGAAACGACGUGCUGAUAGGCAAGGAGGAAGGGAGUCGCAAAGUAGUCCGAGCGAUCAGAGUCAAAGUCAAAGUCAGAGUCAACGACACAGUCAGGGCAGUCAGGGUUACAACAGCCAGGGAAGUGCCACGAGCUCCCAGAGCCAGAGCAGGGGGGAUAGUGAGAGUGAUAGCCAACGGGAACCCUUGUCCGAGGUUUAUAACAGCAGCUUCGAGGAGGAGGCGCCCGAGAGCGACGCCACUACGAGCCCUACGAGAUCUGAGGCGGAUCGAGCAGACCGAGCAGAUCGUGAUCGGCCCGUACUAAGUCCGAAUACUAAGAGGAGGAGGACGGCGAGGUCUAUCAGUGCUGUGGAGGUCCGUUAGUUGCUGACUCACAGUCGGUCGAUCGACCGAUGGUUCGUGAGGUGAGAUCAUGAUCAUGAGGCUCCUUUCUUCUCUACGCUAUCUACGCACACAUUGUAUUUGUUAUGAGUCAUGUUCUAUUGUUGUAUGUUUGUCGUGUUAUCUCCAUGUCACUGGAAGUGCAUGGGUUUCAAGAAAGGCUAAACGGGAUGCGCGGGAUGGAAGGCAUAGAAAGAGGAGGGAACCACGAACGGGCAUGCUUUGCGUUACGAGGAUGGCGUCUCAGAUGGGAAGCUUGGGAAACAUGGAAACGAUAC